GUUGCUCAGUACCAAAAUGGCAUCAGGGCAUUCCGCAUCGUUUCCAGGGCACAAGUGAGAUGAAAUUAUUCAAUAAAUAAUAUCCAAGUGUUGAAUCGAAUAAUUAGAUUAACCGGGUCAAUAGACACCACUCCUUCGUCUAUUGAUUACCAAUCAAUACCCGAUAAUAAUUUGAGUUUAAUUCACCCUGAGGGUCAAACCCAGGGAUUUAUCUUUAUUUCACCCCGUGUCGAGUGUCAAAUGCUUACGUAACAGAAAAUUAUUGUCUGAUGUGAUGGGAGUGAGCGAAAAGUGAAGAGGAAAACUGAGACUUCAGCUCUCGAUUUUUUUUUGUAGUGAUUUCAAGUAGAACGACUCAACCACUGACUCCAAUCGAUCGGCUUUUGUGUCUCGCCUUGACGAGUAUGACAGCGGCAGUCAUGGAAAAUAUUUCCUGGGAUCCUGCUCUCUCAAAACUCCUGAACUCUCUCGAAGAGCACAAAACCGAUAUACCAAGUUGCACCGAUGAGGAGUUCGGUUUUCUCAAUGAUCUAUUGAGGUCGAAGGAGCUCAAUGCUCUGGUUAAUGUACACAACAAAAUUCUGGCGAACGUACAGGAUGAAAAAUUUGCACCUGUACUGUCCAAUUCAAUGGACAUCGACAUUGAAGUCUUGGACAUGCUAGCAUCGAAGACUUAUAUAUCAGAAGAGUGCAAGGAAUUAUUUCAUCUCCUCCAAAGACCCCACAUACAGGGUCUAUUGUGCACCCACGAUGCAGUCGCCCAGAAAGAUUACUAUCCUCGACUAUCUGAAAUUCCUCUGGAGGUGGACGAAGACGAGGAAACAGUGAAAAUAGUCCAACUAGUUAAAUCAGACGAGCCACUGAGUGGGGAUGGAGUUGAACCAAUAGUGGGAGCGACUAUCAAGUUGUGUGAGGUCACUGGAAAAAUCGUUAUAGCAAGAGUGAUGCACGGUGGUGCUGCUGAUAGAUCUGGUCUGAUUCAUGUUGGUGAUGAAGUUGUGGAAGUUAACGGAAUCAGCGUUGAGGGAAAAACUCCAAAUUGUGUUCUUAAAAUUCUGCAAAACUCCGAAGGGACUAUCACCUUCAAAAUUAUUCCAGCAGAUAGUAAAGGUGGAAUGAGAGAAAGUAAGGUUCGUAUGAGAGCUCAUUUCUCUUACAAAGCUGCAGAGGAUCCUCAUAUUCCCUGCAAAGAGGCAGGUUUAGACUUCAAUAAAGGAGAUGUGCUUCAUAUAGUCACCCAAGACGAUGCUUACUGGUGGCAAGCUCGUCGUGAGGGUGACAGGAACAUGAGAGCUGGUCUCAUACCCAGUAGACCUCUCCAGGAGCGACGAAUUAUUCUAGAAAGACAGCAGAAGGACAAGAUUCAAGAUGAUGAUGGUCUAAGCUUGUGUUCUGUUCCAGUGCCUUUGCCCGCGUUGUGCCCCCGUCCCAGUACCUCUUCUUUGCACGCUUCGCCCACAAAGUGCAACUUGCAGGGAAUUAAAACUAAAAAAAUCAUGUAUGACGCUGCAGAGAACGAUGACUUCGAUCGCGAGGAGAUACCAACGUACGAGGAGGUUGCUAAGCUGUAUCCAACACCUGGAUUGUAUCGUCCUAUCGUCAUGAUUGGACCACCAGGAGUCGGUAGGAACGAACUCAAGAGAAGACUCAUGGCGAUGGAUCCUGAUAAAUACAAAACCCCAGUUCCAUACACGUCGAGGCCACCCAGACCUGGUGAAGAGGAUGGCAAGGAGUACCACUUCUGCACCCGUGGAAAAAUGGACGAGGAAAUUGAGGCUGGGAAAUUCAUUGAAUAUGGAGAGUACAAGGGAAAUCUUUACGGUACCAAAGCCGAUUCAGUUAUUUCUUUAGUCAACACUGGAUUCAUUGCCAUCCUCAAUCCUCACUAUCAGGCCCUGAAGAUGUUGAGAUCACCCCAGUUAAAGCCCUACGUAAUCUACAUAAAACCCCCCAGAUUCGAGACACUCAAGGAAACUAGAAAUGAGGCCAGAGCUCGGUCUACAUUUGAUGAGGCCAAUUCCAGAGGAUUUACUGAUGAUGAAUUCCAAGAGAUUCUUCACAGUGCAGCUCGCAUCGAAUAUCUUUACUCUCACCUGUUUGAUGAAGUGAUUGUAAAUGCAGAUUUGCCAAUAGCAUUCGAGCAAUUAGUGUCAGCUAUUCACAGGGUAGAAUCAGAACCCCUGUGGGUGCCCGCCUCCUGGGUCCAGUGAGACUAACGAUCCAAACAAAAAACUCAAUGCAUUUUUCAUUAUUUUCCAAUAGUUAGGCAGAAAUGCCUCUGCAUCUACCUUCACUGCCAGUGGAACUAAAAAUAAUAAUGAAGAAAAUAAAAAAACACGUGUUUAUCCGGUGGUGAUGAGGAAAGUCCCAAUUGUUGUUGAUUAUUGUCGAUUAUUCAUUAAAAGUCAUUGGAAUAUUUUAUGGGAGAAAUUUUUAAUUGAAAUAAUAAUGAACUUAGAAAGCUGUAUAUUCUACUCGGCUAUUUUCCAAAAGAUUUUGAUCAUGACUGAGGAUCAUUUCAAUUGCAUCAUUGUCAAUGAGUAAUGACAAUUUGAUAUAAUUAAUGAUGUUGGAAUUAUCGUCGUUAUAUUUGAUAGAUUCACUCAUCGGUGUAAAAUCUGUCUCUGUGUUAAUAAAGAUUUAUCAUAAAAUAAA